AUGGUUUAUUUCUAUUUUGAAAUAAAACAUAAAGAAGAUAGAGGAAGAGAAUUUUUAAUGGUAGAGGUUUCAUUGGGAGGUGAAUAUGAACAGUGGAUUGCACCUGCAACCGAAACAGAUCACUGGAUUGGGUGCCGUUUAAUAGAGUUAUACAAAAACGCCCGCUUUAAAAGAGCGGAAAAUGGAAGAUACUCGAUGUUGAUCCACGGAGACAUAUCAAGUAUUUACAGUGUUACGAGUGAACAUCCAACGAGAUAUGUUUGGUUUUAUCGAGAUGGCCUUGGUGGCGACGGAAUUUGUCUCGAUGAUAGUGGUCCUUUUUAUAAACUAUUAAAGGGUGAGGAUCAACAUCAACAACAACAACAACAACAACAAUUCAUAUCACCCCAAGCCUUUUCACCACAAGUCCCACCACCAAAACAAGUCAAGCCAACAACCAACCUAACUACAACUAAAGCAAAUGAUGAAAUUGGCGUUGAGAGUAUUACUAUUGGAACCAAACAAUUAGAAAUCAAUCAAAACCAAACUCCAUUAACCAGAGACGGUUGGGACAAGAAGACCAAAACAGUGUCGUCGGUCAAUCUAGAGAGGGACAAGAUAAGUUCAAAAAAGAGCUUUCAAGUCAUUAUGGUUUAUCAUUUUGGCUUCCCUUUCAAAAUUUAUAUUGACCUCUCAUUUCAAGUAUUAGAAUUUGUAGCAGAUAUAAAUAUUAUUUCUUUCUAUAUGCCUCUUUUAUAUUUUAAAAUAUUGAGCGAGCUUAUUGCAUUUGAAUAUCAAUUAGGGGGUCGGUAUAAUAUCCAAACUCUCAAUCAAGACAUACACAAACUCUUUUGUGACAAGUAUAAUCUAUCUCGUGCAUUCACUUUUCCCAGCAAUGUUACCGAGUUUACUACACUACCAUCAAAAGGACCAAAAAAGGAUCGUACAUACAUGUUAAAGGUUUGUACAUUAGUUACUACUAUCUUUGAUUUUGUAAAGGUCAAAGUUUCAUUGGGAGGUGAUCAUCAAGAGUGGAUUGCACCUGCAGUUGAUACAGACCACUGGGUUUGGACCCGUUUAAAUGAGGUAUAUCAAGGUGCCAGAUUUCAAAGGAUGCGAUACGUAGAUAGAUACUCAAUGUUGGUUCAAGGGGCAUUAUCAAGCAUUGAAUAUGUUUCGUGUAAUAAUUCAAACAAAACAAUAGUUUUGCGUCGUAAUGGUUUGUGUGUUGAAGUUGUCGAGUUAAAAGCCACUAUUGUUAAUUGUAGCCCGAUUGGCGGUUCUAUUGUACGUGAUAUCAAAGGAAAUCUUAGCAAAAAACUUUGUUCUUUGUUAACGGUAAAGAAAUCAUUGCCAAGAAUCAACCAGUCUCUAGCCCUUCACCCAUUAAAUAUUUCUUUUUAUCACAAUCCCUUUGAUACCAAUGAAGUCAGGUUUGUUGAUUGUGACCCUUUUCAUAAACUAUUGGCUGGAGAGGAUUAUUGGAGUGUUCAGGAUCAAGUAUUGCCACAAGACUCGACACUAAAUCAAAAUGGAGAGUCCACUGUUGAGGGCAUUCAUGAUACCGGUAACCUACAAACAACCACUACGACUACAACUAAAUCCAAUAAUGACUUUGAGAAUAUUAUUUCAAUAACCAAACAAUUAGAAAUCAAUCAAAAUCAACUUCUAUCAACAAGAGAUGAUUGGGACAAAAAUACCAAAGAAGUUGUGGUGGGUCCAUCUAGAGAGGGACAAGAAAAGUUCAAAAGAGAUCUUUCAAGUCAUUAUGGUUUAUCAUGUAUGGCAACAGGUUCUUCACUCGCAUGUAUCAUAGAAGCAUGUCACAUCUAUCCAUAUUCAAAAGGUGGUAUGAAUUUAGUGUCUAAUGGAUUGUUGUUAACGGUCGACCUUCAUCGACUUUUGGAUGCUGGCAAAUGGAUUCCAGAAAUCGACCAAGCCAACAAAUGCUAUAUUAUUAAAUUGGGUGAAGAGAUGGCAAAUGAAGAAAGAUAUAAACACCUAAACAACACAAAAUUGGGUGGCUCCAAGAAUAGUUCAAAGAUCUAUGCAACAAUAUCUAUAGCAAAUUGGGUGCAUUUACGAAACAUCAAUCCAUUCUAA